GGCGUACUAGUAUAUACAACCAGAAGAGACGCAGUAUCUCUAUCUGGUUUUGAUCACAGCUGCUAUCGAGGCGAGAGAUCUAGAAAGGAAACCGACAGCAAUCAAUCACAAAAAGAAGAAAGUUUUCUCCAUUUAAGGUAGGAUUUUAAAUCAAAUGCCGAUUGGUGAUAAUUGGGCUUUCAAAAUAUAUAGAGGACGGAGGAAGUACGACGAUGAGCAACCUCUAAACAAGAACACUCCCAACCUUGAUUUUCCACGUCCAAUUGAUGAUCCCGCACCUUACAUUGUCGUCGUGCAGGGACCUCGCAAGGUUGGGAAGUCCUUGUUGAUUGAAUCUAUAGUAAAUAGUAUGCAACGCCCCUUCCCUUAUCCACAAGGCACCUUCCCAACAGUCCUAGUCCCGAACGAAUCAGGUACACGGCUACAGUUUGUGGAGUGUCCGGAUGAUAUUAAUGGCAUGAUUGACGCCGCAAAGUAUGCUGAUGUAGCGAUAUUAAUGGUUGACGCAAGUUAUGGGUUUGAACAGGAAACAUUUGAGUUCCGUAACCUUUUACAAGUUCACGGCUUUCCAAAGGUUAUUGGGGUUCUUACACAUCUUGACGAGGUCGGUCUAGAUGAAAUGUCAAAAGUCAAACAGCGUCUCGAGGAUCAUUUCUGUACUGAAAUAUAUGAAGGAGCAAAACUUCUGACCUUAUGCGGUCUCGAAAAUGGCUUGUACAAAAUGCCUGAAAUUGGAGAUGUGAGAGAAAUGCUUUCAGAUCCUCAAUUCCUUCCUCUGUCAUGGCGGGCCAAACAUCCUUAUGUGCUGGUAGAUCAUUUUGAAGAUGUUACUCCAGAAAGAGCGCAUGGGGAUAAACAAUUCAAUAGAAACUUAAGUCUGUACGGUUAUCUCAGAGGUUGUAAUAUCAAGGAAGGAGCUAAGGUGCAUAUUGCUGGUGUUGGGGAUUUCUCUUUAGCUGGCGUUACAACGUAUUAUGAUCCUUGCCCUGUUCAUUCUUUUGGGAACUUCGUUCUUCUUGAUAAACAAAGCACAGGGACUUAUGUGAGGUUGGAUUUUCUUGAUGUUCCUCCGGAAAUAGUUGAAAAGUUUGAUCCCCAUCAUCCUAUUCUCGUGGGAGGUAUCAUUCCAGAAGAGGAAAAUUCUGGAUAUAUGCAGGUGAAACUUAAGCGGCAUAGUUGGCGUAUGGAUUUGUUGAUGACUGGUGCUCCAAUCACUGUUUCGGCUGGUUGGAGGCGUUAUGAGACAACUGCUAUUUAUGCCAUGGAAAACGAAUAUGGGCAGCAUCAACUUCUCAAUUACACUCCAGAACAUAAGGAGUGUCUUGCAGUGUUUUGGGGCCCUCUAGCACCUCCCAAGACCAGAAUUGCUGCUGUAAUGACUAAUCUUAAUUGUUUGAAAGAUAAGGAAGAGUUUCGGAUUAUGGCCAAGGGUGUCGUUCUUGAUUUUAAUCUUGACGCAAAGAUAUUGCUGAACGUAGAAAAGAUAGUAACUCUUGUUGACACCUGCUGGAAGACUGCUCGUAUCAAGUUUGCACCAAACUUUCAAAUUGAUGGGUUAAAGUUUAUAGGUGCACCAAUUCAGACUAAGAGCGGAGUUCGGGGGAAGAUUGACAAGGUUGUGGGAGAUCGGUUAUUUGAAUGCACAUUUAAGGUCAAUGUUCACAUGGGCGACACUUUGGUUUUUCCUGUUCCGGCCACACUCGCACUUCCUGCACUCUUCAAACAGUUUAAUUUGCUCUCCAAACCCUUAGAGUUCGUCGAAGCAACCAUCGCCGGCAUUGCCGCCGCCAUCGCCGCAGUCGACGACGCCACUGUCGCUGCCGUCGCCGCCACCAUCCCCGCUGCUGCUGCCGGCAGGCCCGGCACGACCAACCUCGCCACUAUCGUCGAGUACGAGCUUGCUGUUUCAUACAAAAAGGUUGCUCGGAGGAAGCAGAAGUUCUAUCAGCGACAUGGUGUGGUUAUUCGUGAGGGGAAACCUUCAUUGGUUACUUUACCAAACCCGCUAGAGUCAACUUAUUCAUCAGUGGUUGAGUCUGCUUAUUCAUCAGAGGAGUGGAAGCCACUCAAGAGGAGCAAAUUUAGUGUUUGUCACGGCCGGGAGAUAUCAGGAGCAGAACCAACGGUGAUCAAGGACGGUGAAGAAGUCACGGGACUCGAUAUAUUUUUGCGAAGGUACGGUGGUAAGGUAGUACCGGUAAGACAGUGGUGAGCUGGUAAGAGGAGACUUUUGUGAAUGCAGUUGUUUAUGACAAGCUAUCUAGUAAUAUAAUUUAACUAGUAUUGGUUUCAUUCGUUUGCUUAUAUCUGGGAGUUUGUUACUUCCGCAGAAUCUUAAAAUUAUCCUUUCGAUCUUUCAGUGUAACUGUUUGUAUUGUUAUAGUAAGAGUUGAACUUCAUCAUGGAAGGAUCCUAUAUCUGAAAAGACUAUUUUCGCACCA